AUGACAUAUCUUCUGCCGACAUACUUGGAGCCACAAUCACCAAGAACUAAAAUGGCGACCCGUCGACUCAGCGAAGACUCACGAAGGCCAUCAGAGGACAGUCUACAGAGCUUCAAGCCAUCACCUACGACCUUCAAACCACAGACAAGAUCACAAAGAUGGAAGUCGAAGGCACUCACUUUCCUCUCAGACCUCCUGUCCAUGGCUGUCAUGAUCCCCAUCUCCUCUCGGCACCAUCUACCCAUGUCAAUUCAAGAGCAGAAAUCUGUGGCGGUCUUCUACACCUGUGUCAUUGUCAUCUUCCUUAUCACAGGCUGUACACUCGACUCCAGCGUCCUCGCCCGCAACUACAAAAGAUGGAGGACGCAUAUCUACGUCCUCGGACAAUGCUUUCUGGUGUGUUCAUCUCUGCUGUUUGAUAUUGUCAGCGCCGCUGGCGCAAGUCGAAACCUGGAUCCUGGGAUCCUGAUCGGCUUCAUGGUGCUGGAUUGUGUGCCAACUACCAUCUCGAGUAACGUAGUCAUGACAGCUCAGGCGAACGGCAACCAGGAGUUGAUACUGGUUGAGACAACAAUCAGCAACUUUCUCGGAGUCUUCAUCUCGCCAGCGCUAGUGGUUAUGUAUACCUCAGUACCCACCUGGUACAAUGACAUUCUGCCUCACGGCUUCCCACCCAUCUAA